AGGAGACUUAGUUUUAUAAAAACAGUCUCUUCUUCCUCACUCUUUUCAAACAGAUGCAAGUCUUCUGGAGACAACGAAGCCUUUCAAAACAAGAUAUUUCCUAACACAAACACGAACCUCGCUUUCUAAACUGAAGACUCGGAAAAAUGUGCAAAAGGGCUUACGAUAUCCAGACCGGUGCUUGUCGCCACAGGAUUGAAACGCCUGGGAGUCUUGUGCCGGAUGCUGAUUGCAAGGGCUGUGGAAUUGAAAAGGGUCGAAACGAUAACAUUGCCGCAACGACCUCGCAUACUCCAUGCGACGAUUGUCAGCAUAAAGGCCUCUGGGUCAAGAGAGCUGACGGAAAAUGGUACGAGGCCGCCAAGGGGGCGCCUAAGCCGCUUCCUUCUUUUAGAUAUCCCUCCUGUCAGUCCUUCCUGCAAGGCUCAAGAUUCUGCAGAUCUAAUAACCUUCCAGAAUCGCUCGGCAAGGUUCACUGUCUAUGGACAUUGUACGGCGAGUGUUGAGUGUUUGUUAUCUGAUGGACAGAGGUGGACAGGCGCUGAGUUGGAGAUCAGGUGAAGGUCCGGGAUAUCUUUUUGGUUGUGUUUGUUUCGGGGGUUCCGCGCCAGACCCAUCACAAUGGGUUCAAGAAGCGGCCCGCUAGAAC